AUGGGUGCCACUCCAGUUUCCGUGGAACACACCACGUACAACCCUGACGCCGUCUACCUCUCAUGGGAAGUGGACGGGAAAUUCUUCGGCGAUGGGCGUGAAGUUGCCCUCCUCGAGUACAUCUACGCUCGGCCGGAUCUUGAGAAGCUGAGAGGCAACCCCCAGAAGGUUCUGCAAGCCAUCGACGAUUACGGUCGGUCCGUCAGAGGUCUGAUCAACAUCGGGUCCAUGAAAGGAUCCAUCGUUUGCGACAUUAUCGCUAGACACAGACCUGCAGUGGUACUCGAACUGGGCGGUUACAUUGGAUACUCGGCCAUUAUGUUUGGACAUGCCAUGAGACAGGCUGGUGGAAAGCAGUACUACAGUGUCGAGAAGAGUCCUCUCUUUGCUGCUGUAGCCACAAGCUUGAUUGACCUCGCCGGCCUCAGAGACCAUGUCAGGGUUGUGGUUGGGACGGGGGCGGAAGGAACUCGGCGCUUGUACGAGGAAGGGAAGAUUUCUCGUGUCGAUAUGGCCUUCUUCGACCACUUCAAGCCAGCCUACACUGAUGACCUCAAGCUAUGUGAGCGGCUCGGUGUCGUAGGGCCGGGGACCCUGAUUGUGGCGGACAACAUGGUGCUACCGGGGAACCCGCGUUAUCUCGAGUGGGUGCAUGCAAGCGUGGAAAGGAAGCGCGAGAUGGACAAGGGGGCGGCCGAAAAGGGAAACCCAAACCUGCAGUAUCGCAACCAAUCUAUCUCCAGUUGGGAACCAUCUGGGCAGGAGGACGCGAUGGAGAUUACGGAAUGCUAUGGUAUCGAGGAUUAG